AUGGGACGUUCAGAAACGAUUGCGCGCUCGAUUGCGCGGGCUAUUAUCGACACCACUGGAUUCGCAGAACGACGAUCUAGCAACAGGAAUCCCCUUCGAUUCAUCCUGUCGCUGUUUUCGCUAUUCUUCUCCAUCCAUCAGUUGAUCCUACAGAAGAUCCAAUCGACCGAUUUCGCUAACCUACGACGGAACCACUGGAACGUCGAAGACGAUGAUUACUACCAGUCCUUCCAUCAAGAGGGUGACAAGCCUGAAGAGUCCUUGACCUCCAUUGGAGACAUGGGCUUUUCUGGAUCAACCUUCUACUCAACCAAAGACCAAAAGUACCUCGUCAAGUCUGUCCCGCGACGCUCCGAACACUCCUUCUUCCGUGAAGACCUCCUCACGCCCUACGUCGAAUACAUGGCCACACACCCGCGCUCCCUGCUCGUGCGCAUCUGCGACUUCCUCGGCGCAUCGGGCUACUCCAUCGGCCGCAUCUUGCGCCUCACGCCCUCGCACCACAUUGUCAUGGAGAACAUCAUGUACGGCCGCUCCGAAGCCAAGAAGCGCGGCGACGUCGACUGGGAAGAUUGGGACCUCAAGCCCACCUCGUACUUCUACCCCGAGCGUGACAUCGCCGACGGCGCGCUGACCAGCGAGGCCACCAAGAGUCAGUUGGCCGAUGAGUUCCAUGAUAAGAUUCGGUUGAGCAAGGAGCAGGCGGACGAGUUCUUCAAGUGUCUGGAGGAAGAUACAAAGCUGUUGGCGGAGCAUAACGCGGUGGAUUACUCGCUGUUCUUGGUGCGCAUGCAUACGCCGCCGGGACAAGACAACAACCCUGAUCCCAAGGCUGCUUCAUCGUCCGAAGCUGUAGAAGACAUCAUGCCGACUGAGGGCCCAUCGGUCCCGCCUAGCCCACCGUCGUGGAGAACGGGAGUCGCCUCAGCGGAUGGAAAGUACAUCUACCGGGCGUCGAUCUUGGACUUCUUUUGGGCCAAACACAAGCUGCAGCCGCAGGUCAUGACGGUGUUGAUCAAGCUGUGGAAUUUGCUGAUCAGCAAGAGUGGGCCCAUGAGUAUUACUACUACGCCCGAGGAGUAUCGGCAGAGGUUUUUGAGGAUGUGUAGGAGCUAUGUCGAGGUGGUUGAGGGUUGA